AUGAUGCAUGAUUUGGGAAAGUAAAUAAUAUUCAGUCGAAAACUCUUCGUAGGAGGACUUGCUCCACAAACAACUCGAGAAAAAAUGAUCGAGCAUUUUCAAAGAUAUGGCCCAGUUCAAGACUGCAUCUUAAUGAUUGACCGAGCUACUGGAAGAUCACGAUGCUUUGGAUUCAUAACAAUGCAUAGCAGUCAAUCAGCUGAUAUGAUCCUAGUUGAGGACCAAAUUAUUGAUGGAAAAAAAGUUGACUGCAAGUUAGCAGUCCCGAGAGAACAAAAUGCGCCGCCUCCAGUCCCAGACAAUUUAUCAUCUCAAAGAACCAAAAAAAUGUUUGUUGGAGGUCUUCCACCAGACGUGACAGAAGACAUUUUCAGAGCUUUUUUCCAACAAUUUGGACCAAUUGAAGACAGUGUUGUUAUGUUUGAUAGGGAAACUGGAAGUCCAAGAGGUUUUGGCUUCAUCACUUUUAUAAGUGAAGAUAGUGUUGAGAGAGUCCUAGAAAAUUAUGAACAUAAUUAUAUUAAUGGGAAAUGAAUUGAAUGCAAAAAAGCUACGCCAAGAUACAAUCAGCCAGAUGAAAGAUAUAAAAUGCAAUUCAUGCCGUAUCCAGGCGCAAUGCCAUAUAUGAUGUAUCCUCCUCAGCAACAGUUUUAUAAUCAAGCUUAUAGUGAUUAUCCAAGCCUUUAUGAUCCUUAUAUAAACCAGCAAGUUCAAAAUGAGAAGCCAGCUGAUUCUUCUCCAAGUUUAAUUGUUCAGCCUCAACAAAAUGAUGAAGCAAAAGAUGAGCACAUGAAACAGAAAUUAAUUGAAGAUUUGCUUGGAGAAGCAAAAGAAAGCUCCAAGAAAAACAAAAUGUAAUUGAUAGGUAGUGACAAAAGCAGAGGGAAAAUUUUUAAUUAA